GUUAAGAAGCGCAAUCGCGCAAUGAGCUGGCGGGAAAAACAAAUACGACAACAUCAACAUAUCAUAUCAUACCAUAAGCGAUGUGUUAUGUCGUUUCAUAGCUGUUAUUUUGCAUGAAAAGCUUUCACGAUGGCUCCGAUCAGGAUAAAACAUGUGGUCUCGUUUACAUCACAGGACAGCAAGAAUCAAGUGGAUAAUCUGUGUGACAUCAAUGGCAACAGCAGGCCAUGGUUAUGUAGUAUGCAGGACCGCAGUGGAGUACUGAGGGUGGACUUACAGAUGGAGCGUGCAGCUCCUAUAGGCUUUAUUGAUGUUGGCAACUUCGGCUCUGCCUUUAUUCAGAUUGAUGUUGGCCGUUCCUCUUGGUCUUUGGAUCAUCCCUAUGUCACGCUGCUGCCCACCGCCACACUCAUGACUCCGGCCGAAUCAAGGCAGGGCACUGGCCGCCAAAGUGUGCGCAUGUUUAAAAAAGCUGAUUUUCUCUCUCCGGCUGCUGAGGAGAGCUGGGACAGACUUAGAGUGACCUGCACACAGCCUUUUAACAAACAGUUACAGUUUGGUCUAUCGUUUUUGCGCGUGCGCUCCACAGAAAACCAGACGGAAGACACUUCAUGCCAAGCACCUGCUCCUCAAAACCUGCGCACACCAGACAAGAUGACAUCAGUGAAACAGUGGCUCUCCAGCCCGGCUGUCCAAAACAAAUUUUUUGGAAGAAUCGCAGGUGAUGCCUCUCCAGAUUAUGCCAAAAGGAGCCCUGAGAGUUUGAGUUGGGCAGGACGCAUGGUCAUAGCUGCCCGGUCUAAUAGACAGUCUGUUUCAACAUCCCCUUCGAGCUCUACAUCAAGUACAACAUCUCAGAAAAACAACAGUAUGAAUUCCUCACCAGAUUCUAGUGGCCUUGGUACUUCCAGUGUAAAAUCGAGGACCCCUGAGGAACACAAGAGGAAAGCACAAGCAAGACAAUGCCUUGUAAACCGUGGCACUGCAUUGAAGAGGACCAGACCUGCAGCCUCUCCUACACUUAAAACCAUCUCAACAUGCUCAACCAAAGGUUUGAGAACAGAGAAACCCAGUAGCCCUUGCAGUCAGAGCCCAGCGGACAUGUGGGCACGUACAUCCUCUUCUCCGCAGACCUCUACUGACCUCAUAUCUCCUGAGACCAUGUGUCCUCUUUGUGGAGUGUCUUUCAGUCUGGCAUACCUGCCUCUCCAUGCUUCCACCUGCAUGGAUUCUGAUCCAACAGAGUUUUCAGGAGUCUUGGAAACAGCGGUUGUGACCUCACAGAGCUCUUCUCCUGUUUUUGGCGCGGGCACAGAUGAGUCAAUGGUUCCGUGUCCUCUCUGCUCCGUCAGAUUCCCCCCAGACCGCAUCCAGCAGCACGCCAGCACCUGUGGCGACACAGCUGAGUCAAGUGUUGUAUGGCUGGACUGGAUGGAAAACCUCACGCAAGAGCAAUGGCGAGAGAUCGUGAACAAAAAGUUCUGCUUUCCGCCGGAGCUCAUUGGCGCCAUCCACGAGAGGAACAUUCAAAUGGUGUCAUCUCUGCUGAAGACGGGUGACGGCAUCAUCCGUCAGCUUGAUGACUCUGAAGACAGACUAUGGAGAGAAGCAUUGAACCUCUCCAUCAGACUGGGCAAUGAGGACACCAUGGACAGCCUCCUCCAAGGCAUCAAGUUUGACUUCCGGCAGAUCCACGAAGCUCUUUUGGUGGCCGUGGAUACCAACCAGCCUCGUGUGGUCAAGCGUCUUCUCGACCGUCUGGAUCUAGAAAAAGGAAAUAAGAUGGACGUCCGCUCCUUCUCUAUGGCUAUUUUUGACCAAUCCAUUGAUGAUUCUCAGUUUGCCCCUGGAGUCACACCGCUGACGUUGGCCUGUCAGAAGGAUCUGUAUGAAAUUGUGACGAUGCUCAAACAGAAAGGACACGAAAUCCCAUGGCCCCAUAAAAUCUCCUGCUCUUGUCUGGAGUGCACGAACGGCCGGCAGUAUGACUUGCUUAAGUUCUCACUGUCUCGCAUCAAUACCUACCGAGGCAUUGCCAGCCGUGCUUACCUGUCCAUCACCUCAGAAGAUGCGAUGCUUAGUGCCUUUCGACUCAGCCGGGAUCUACGCAAGUUGUCUAAGAAGGAACCUGAAUUUAAGCCUCAGUACCUCAGCCUUGAGGAGAUAUGUCAGGAGUUUGCUGUGGAGCUGCUGGGAAUGUGCAGGAAUCAAAGUGAGGUCACCACCAUCCUGAACAGCUGCAGCCAUUUAGACGAGGACAGUGAGGAUGAGUUGGACCAGCAGGCCUUUGAGGAGGGCAUCCCAAACCUGGCUCGCUUAAGACUUGCUGUCAAUCACAAUCAAAAACAGUUUGUAGCUCAUCCGAUCUGUCAGCAGGUGCUCUCCUCCAUCUGGUGCGGGAGUCUUUCAGGCUGGAAGGGCAGCAGAACAACCUGGAAGCUCCUUGUCUCCUUCAUCAUCUUCUUGACCAUGCCACUUCUUUGCCUCAUCUACUGGAUCGCACCAAAGUCAAAGUUGGGGAAGAUUUUGAAGAUUCCAGUGAUUAAAUUCCUCCUUCAUUCUGCCUCCUAUAUGUGGUUUCUGAUCACGCUUUUGGGGGAAUCCAUUGCCAUGGAGAUUUAUCGGGAAAGCUUCGCCUCUCGGCAUCAGAACAUCCUGCACAACUCCUUCCACAUGGUCUGGGUGGUUGGUUUCUUCUGGUUCGAGUGUAAGGAGGUCUGGAUCGAGGGCUUGAGGUGUUAUUUCCUGGACUGGUGGAACUGUCUGGACAUGAUGGUUCUUAGCAUGUAUCUGGCUUCAUUCGCAUUGAGAAUGGUUAUCCUGCUGAAGGGCAUCUUCCUGUGCGAGUCACCAGAGAGCCAAGAUGAAUGCAUCUACUUCACAGACACCUCACGUGACAGAUGGCAUCAGGAGGAUCCGCAGUUCAUCUCUGAGGUGCUGUUUGCAGUGACCAGCAUGCUAAGCUUCACCCGUUUGGCCUACAUUUUGCCAGCACAAGAGUCUCUUGGUACCCUGCAGAUCUCCAUUGGAAAGAUGAUUGAUGACAUGAUGAGAUUUAUGUUUAUUUUGGUGAUCAUUGGAACCGCUUUCCUGUGUGGCAUCAACAACACCUAUGUGCCAUAUGUGAUCUCUCCUAAUCUUGGAAGAUUGAACGAAACCUUUCGUUUCCUCUUCUGGACCAUGUUUGGUGUAGCUGAACAGACUUAUGUGGAUAUGCCGGAGUUUGCUUUGGCUGAGUUUGUUGGCAGGGUCCUCUAUGGCAUCUACACUUUGAUUAUUGUCAUUGUACUUCUCAACAUGCUCAUUGCCAUGAUCACCAACUCUUUUCAGAAAAUUGAGGAUGACGCUGAUGUGGAGUGGAAAUUUGCCCGUUCAAAGCUCUAUCUGAGCUACUUUAGAGAAGGACUGACUAUGCCUGUUCCCUUCAACAUCAUCCCCUCUCCUAAGGCCCUUUUCUACCUCUUACGAGGAACUUUCAGAAAGAUCUGCUGCUGUUGUCUCAACUGUAACUCACCUCCGGAUUAUCCUCCCAUCUCAUCUUUGGAUGACAAGGGCACAGGCGAGGGACGAAUUUCAUACAGGCAUCAGGUGAUACGUGCUCUGGUACAACGAUACAUUGAAUCUGCCAGGAGAGAGUUUGAGGAGACAAAACGCAAAGAUGUUGGAAACAGAAUCACAGAGCUGAGCAAAGUGGUUGUCCGACUCCACACGGAAAUGAAGCAGAUCAACUCCGGCGCGCUGGAUUACUCCAGCAACAUCUCAGAAGGUUCAUCAGAGGGCUCUUCUUUCCUGGGGAAGUACAUUGUUGGAGCCAAAAACAACUUCAAGGACUUCAGCACAGAGAGAAAGCCUGCUCCUCUGACUCCUGUUCACCAAGAAGAGCCAGAAGAUGAACCAGAGGAAACCGGUAGAGAUGGAGAAACCACAGACACGCAGGAGUCUCCAGCCUGUGACACAGAGGCAGAUAAAGAGUCAACUGGAGAGCCGACCAUUGAGGGAGGAAUAGAUAAUGUUAUAGAGGAACACACAGUAGACAUUGAUGAGACAGAUGGAAAUGAUGAAGACGUUCAGAUUAUUGUUGAAAACAAUACAGACGGUGAGCAAACAGAGGAUAAAAAUGAGACAGUCAUAGAAAUCGAGACCAAUACAGACACUGAGAGCGAGAGCGAGAGAGACAGCGGAGGAGCAGAUGAGACACUGAUGAGGGACGAAGCCGCAGAUAACACAGAAGGAUUAGAAACAGAUGAAGGCUUAGAAACAACAGAUGUAAAUCAAUCGGAGGAAAGUGAAGCAAGGACAGAGAUGCAGGAGAACGAAGACGGUGAGGGAAAUGAUGGAGGGUUGGAGGACUCAAAUGACGGAUCUCAGUGUGAGGGCAGUGAGGAAAGUGAGGAGAUGAGCAUUGAUCUGAACAAGGGAAGCUUAGUGACUUUUUUGGCAAAGAGAAUAGAGGAAAAAUUGGAGAUGAAAGACAUGAAGUUAAUUUUUAGUGGAAAACAAGCAUCGUCGUCGCCAACCGGCAGUGAUGUUUCCCACGACACUGGCUUUGGAUCUCAAUUUGACCUCUCGGCAAACAGCCCCGAAUGA